AAAGGAAGACUGGAGCGGCUAAGUGUCAGGGAUGUGGAGGAGGUGCCCGGCCUUGGGAGCUGAGGGUGGGCUGUGUGGCUCCCUCUGGGAUGGAGGAGCUCUCAGUCGUGCCCUGGGCCUUGUCACCUGCCGGCCCUGAGCGCCUCGCUGCCCGGUGCCAACUUGGAGACUUUCCUGUAAGUUUCCCUCGCAGGCUCCCCGCGCGGGCCAAGGCGACAAGCCCGCGGAGCCCUCGACCCCGGCACCGCCCGCCGCCAGGCCCGGCCCCAGGGGCGCGGCCCGGCUUCUGCGCUCCCCAGGGGGCUCCGGGCUGCAAGCCGCCGCCGCCGAAUGGCUUCUGACAAAAAGCCCUUGACCACCAGGGCCGGCCUCUUCCUGCGAGCCCCGCGCUCUGCGAUCCAGGAAGUGGAAGCCAGCGGCCCCGCGCUUCCCCACUGGGCGCGCUGCUGGCGGCGGCGCUUGGCCCGACCCUCGGCGAGGGACAGCGCCAGCGCCACGCGGAGGUCGCCGCGCCCCUGAGCCCGGAGGAUCCGCGUCCCCAACUGUGGGCCCCACGAUGCGACGCGCCGAGGCGCCCGCGAGCGCCCACCCCUCCGGUCCUACUCCAGAUGCUGGCAAAGGAGAGGGAGAGGAAGACGAGGAGAAAGACAACAUGAGGCUUGGUCUGCCCACCACCCCAAAGAACUGCAUCCCACGCCGGGGCAUUAGUGUCCUGGAGAAGCUGGUGAAGACCUGCCCAGUGUGGCUGCAGCUAGGGCUAAGCCAGGCGGAGGCUGCCAGGAUCCUGCAGCGGGAGGUGGCUGGGAUGUUCCUCGUGUGCCGAGACAGCAGCCUGAAACGCCUGGUGCUGUGUGUCCACUUCCCUUCCCUGAAGGAUAGCUCCACUGAGGUCCUGGAGUACCCCAUCAAAGAAGAAAAAUCUGUAUUGUACCUGGAAGGCUCAGUUCUUGUGUUUGAGGACAUCUUCCGACUCAUUGCUUUCUACUGUGUCAGUAGAGACUUACUGCCCUUCACGUUGCGGCUGCCCCAGGCCAUCCUUGAAGCCAGCAGCUUCCUGGACCUUGAGACCAUCUCCAACCUGGGCCUGGGCUUCUGGGACUCCUCACUGAACCCUCCAAGAGGUCCUGUCGAGCCCUUCAGAGGCCCAGCCCCUGGGGCCCCUGCAGCCUCCAGCCUCCGGCCCACAACCCAUUACACAAACUGUUCCUGUGAAAUCGAGCUGUCUGUGGGAAAUGACCGCCUUUGGUUUGUGAAUCCCAUUUUCAUCGAGGACUGCACCCUACCGACUGAUCCACCACCUGUCAGCUGCCCUCCACGCCCUGUGCCUGCCACCUCGGAUGCUACCUCACCCACCUCUAAGGGGUCCCCACGCCGUCCCCCACCUCCACCCCCGGUACCCACCCUUCCUCCAGCAGGCCCUGUCCGGCCUCCUGUGCCCCCUGCACCUGCUGGUCCUUUGCCCAACUCCCCACUAACACCCACCUCUCAUCUUGCACCCCAUGCGCCCGGCCCCCCAGGUCACCCAAACCAACCACCCAUGACAGCCUGUGAGAGUCUCCCACGUCCAGCUGUAGGCCUGGGCCCCUUUGGGGAAGAAGAGAUGAAGCCUGGAACAGCUCCCAGCCCCUUGCAGCCAGCUCCUCCCCCUCCACUGCCCCUGAAGAAGGCUCUUCCAGCGGCUCCUCCUAGACGGCGCGUCUCUGAAAGGGUGUCUCUGGAAAGCCAGAAUGUGGGGGCUGCAACAGACAGGGACCACCCAAGUAUUUCCAGGACAGCCUCUCUCAGCCUACCUCCCAAAGGCGCCGUGAGCAGUCUUGGGGACAGGCCUUCAAGGACCACAGAGCAAGGCCAGGAAACAGAGACCAAAGCUAGCCAUGCUGACAAUAUACCAGUGCCUCCUGGGAAGGCCAAACAACCCCCUAUUCCGCCACCCAGGAAGAAGCGGGUCUCUCGACAGCUGGCCUCCACCCUUCUCAGUCCCUUGGAGAGCCCUGAGCACCCCGUACAAGAGGCAUCCUCUGAGAAACCAGCACCUGGUGCACCUUGGGAAGGCUUGAGUCCAGCCCCACAAGCCGGGAUGCAGCACCCCCAUACCCAGGCCAGCACCUGUCCCCAUAGCUCUCCAGAGUUCAAGGGCUCCCUGGCCUCGCUCUCAGACAGCCUGGGUGUGCCUGCCUCCGCCACCGACCAGGACUCCUACUCCACCAGCAGCGCGGAGGAGGAGCUGGAGUUCAGCAGCCCCAACGUGAAGAAGAAGCCCUCGAUGAUCCUGGACAAGGCCCGCCACCGCCUCAGCUUCGUCAGCUUCGCCAGCGUCUUCCAUGCCUUCCUCUCCAGCGACCGCAAGCUGUAUAAGAAGGUGGUGGAGCUGGCGCAGGACAAGGGCUCCUACUUCGGCAGCCUUGUGCAGGACUACAAGGUGUACAGCCUGGAGAUGAUGGCCCGCCAGGCAUCCAGCACUGAGAUGCUGCAGGAGAUCCGCACCAUGAUGACCCAGCUCAAAAGCUACCUGCUACAGAGCACCGAACUCAAAGCCCUGGUAGAGCCCAACCUGCACUCGGAGGAGGAACUCGAGGCCAUUGUGGAGUCAGCCUUGUACAAGUGUGUUCUGAAGCCCCUGAAGGAUGCCAUCAACUCCAGCCUGCUGGAGAUCCACAGCCGGGAUGGAUCACUGCAGCAGCUUAAGGAGAACCAGCUGGUGAUCCUGGCCACCACCACCACCGACCUGGGCGUGACCACUAGCGUGCCUGAGGUGGCUGUCAUGGAGAAGAUCCUGCAGAAGCUGAGCAGCAUGCACAAGGCCUACUCGCCCGGGAAGAAGAUCUCCAUCUUGCUGAAGACCUGCAAGCUCAUCUACGACUCCAUGGCCCUCGGCAACCCAGGGAAGCCCUACGGGGCCGACGACUUCCUGCCUGUGCUCAUGUAUGUCCUGGCCCGCAGCAACCUCACUGAGAUGCUCCUCAACGUGGAGUACAUGAUGGAGCUCAUGGACCCCGCCCUGCAGCUGGGAGAGGGUUCCUACUACCUGACCACCACCUAUGGGGCCCUGGAGCACAUCAAGAACUACGACAAGAUCACAGUGACUAGACAACUGAGCGUGGAGGUGCAGGACUCCAUCCAUCGCUGGGAACGUAGGCGCACGCUCAACAAGGCCAGGGCCUCCCGCUCCUCUGUGCAGGACUUCAUCUGUGUGUCGUACCUGGAGCCUGAGCAGCAGUCACGGACACUGGCAUCACGGGCGGACACAGAAGCCCAGGCAUUGUGUGCACAGUGCGCCGAGAAGUUUGAGGUGGAGCAGCCCCAAGACUACCGACUCUUCGUGCUGGUGGAUGGACGCUGCUUCCAGCUGGCCGACGAGGCACUGCCGCACCGCAUCAAGGGCUAUCUGCUCCGGAGCGAGCCCAAGCGAGACUUCCACUUCGUGUACCGACCCCUGGACAGUGGCCGGGAUGGCUCAAGCCAACCUUAUCUAGUGGUGAGGGAGCCCAACUUCCUAUGAGAUGGCCCACCGCUGAGCUGUGGUGGCAGGAUCUCCUGAGACUGGGAGGACAAGGACUGGGCUUUCAGUGGCCACUCCCAAACUCAGUCAUCUGAGUGUCCGGCCACACAUACUCCCAACAUAGGUGCCUGUGUUGGUCACACUGGUAUGCCACCUGCCGAGCGUGCCUAAACCAACAGGGCAGAGUUCCAGCCUGAGGCACCAUGUUCUUCAUUGGACAGUAAGGACAACAACAACAACACGAGGCUCAGGAGGAAGAGGCUCUCAAGUCAGCUGCAGCAAACAAGCCCGACCCUGCUCACCCAGCCCCUCAGACCAUUCCCUCCACCUUCCUUCCCCAGGUCACGUCCCAUCCCCUUCUUUAGCCCUAGAGAAGAGCUCACUUUCCCCAGGACUGGCUGAUGAAGGGGGUCCUGGCCCCAGCUGCUUGCUCCCUGAGCCUCAGGUUGGAGCUGAGAUGUUUCACACCAACCCAAGAUCUCAGGAAUUUCUCUACGUGUGUGCUGAAGAGAGCCCUCACACAUCCCUGCCUCAGAGCUUGCCUUCAGCUACCAGACUACCCAGACUGCCAGGGCUUCUGAGCCCAGCUGGAAGCAGUCAAGCCAGCUCCAGGGAAAUGGACAAGUUCAGCCAAUGCCAUAAGACUGGGGGGCGGGGGUGACUGAAGGACCUAUCUCCUGAUGCAAACACCAUGGGUCAUUGGUGUUGACAAGAUCCACUUGGGGGUUAAUAAAAGCCCUUUUGCAAAUGCUAA